GUCGUAUGCAUGCCGUGUCCCAGGCUACCAUUUUGGAGGAACCUCUCAUUUUGUUUCUCUUCAGUUCAUAAACAUAAAUACACGCUAUCAGUUUCUUCCCUUUUCCUUACGAGAUCUGAAACCACUCUCAUGGACCGUCGUAAAGAGAAAAAUGGUCCUUGGCUAUCAGUGCCACAAUUUGGGGACUGGGAUCAGAAGGGUCAAGUGCCGGAUUACUCACUGGAUUUCUCAAAGAUAAGGGAAACUAGGAAGCAGAACAAGACAAAUAUUUCGAGGGCAAGCCUUGGCAAUGAAGAAGAGUUCGUGGAUUCAACCUCCAGCAGUGCCAACACUGGCCACAGCAGUGACCACCCCCAACCUCACUACCACCAUCAAAACGACUCUCCAACUGCAAGGAAGAGCUUCCUCAGCUACUUUAAUUGUUGUGUGAAAGCCUAAUAUUUAAGGGCAAGUGCAAUCUUUCUCUUGUUUUCUGAAGAUUCUAGAUAGCAACAGCUAUGCUUCUCUGUUCAUUUGGUGAUAAAAUUAAAUACUUAUUAGUUAUUGAUCUUGAUUUAAAAGCAAAUCUUCCUUAAUUUGAUGAUGAUGCUCUUUCUGUUA